AGGCCCAAUAGAUAAUAGGGUUUUUUUUCUCUUCCUUAACACAAGCGUUCUAUCGCCGUGACUCUUGGGAUCUCAAACCCUGACCAACGCCUCUGUAACGUCUUCAGAUUUUGGUUAGAAGAUACAUUUAUCCCAGCAUUAACAUCGUCCCUUCCACUCCUCCUACUCUUUCACAUUAACUCAGCCUUAUCAUCAGCCAAGCUAACCGUUCAAAGUAUUACUAUACAAAUGUUCCUUCUCUGCAAUGGACAGACGCACUGCAACGAAAUCCCAAGGUCAAUCAUUAUUAAGCAACAAUUCUAUCAAUGCCGAAUCCUUACACUCUUCAUGCCGAUUUGAAGGUUGAUUGCUGCUCCAUCACCGCCGAGGUCCGCCUUCAGAAGAUCCCUGAGGAAGCUAGAGAGCUUGAAAAACAACUCAGGCAGACUUUGAGAAGGUACCGUGUGGAGUUGACCAUUUCAGAUGAAACCGAAGAGGCUGUCUUCGUAGCUUUUGAUUCCGAGAUGAUCAAGCUGACUAACGUCCGCUCUUCUGAAGUUGGGCAGGUCAUGGGUGGAGGUUUUUCUUAGCAGCACGAUAACGAAUUCCCACCUUUAAUCACUGAUAUAAUCGGGAAUGCUUACACUUUUCAGCUGAAGUUGUAUGGGUUUAAUUUUACAUCAAAGCAUGAGACCUUAGCGUCAACAGGCCCCAAAUUUUUCGUAAUUGGAAUAUACACUAAUGCGCUGACUGAUUAAGCGUUUCCUAAUCUCUUUAGCAGGGAGGAGGUGAUGGGCCCAAAGACAAUAUGCAUGGAGUCAGCUCACUUUCCUCAGCUUCUGCAAAUCUAGGUAACAACAAUGCGAAGGAGACACCGAGACUUACAGACUCUGCACUGGGGAACCUCCCUGAAGUGGAUGGCUUCAUAUCCCAGAAUCCAAAGCUCAAAUUGAGCAUGCUUCUAAGAAGGUCCGUACGGAAUAGAUGAAUAUGGAAGCUUUAUUUUAUCAUGUUGCUGUCUUUUUUUCAAUCAAAUAAUGCUUUGCGUUUUUUCAUUUUCAAACUAUUGCGUAUGUUGGUUUUGUUCUUUGCACUACUAAUAUAAGAAUAUUU